AUGGCGUUCAUGGUGGUAUCAUCAAUCAAUACAUGUGUAGAGCUGACUUUGUGUAGAGGCACAACCAAUCUCAUUUUAGGAAUUGCACCAUCAAAAUCCUUAUCCUCCCACCACCUACCGCCGUUGCCAUUUCAGACCUUCUACCACCACCACCACCACCACCACAAACUCUCCCCACCUAUUUUUGCCGUUGAUAACUCAUAUUUCAAUCAAGUUAUGGCGGCUUAUGCUGCGGCGGCUUCUCUCAAGAAUACGAUUCAGCGUAUUCUACAAUCCUCUCGCAUUUCUCUCGUUUCCCACUCUCCACAAAUCUUACAACCUGCCUACGACGAGAUGGAUCGCUUGCAGAGAGUUCUGCUAGGAUUGGACGAGACCAGCUGCAGCAAGAUCAGGACGGAGGUGAAUGCUGCGGAUGAACGAAUCAAAGAGGCAGUUUGGGAAUUCGAAGAUUUACUCGAAUCCCAUAUCUUACCUCAGAUUCUUCCACAGCUCGAAAGCUCGAGAGAUCACUUGUCUUUCCCUGUAGAUCUGCAGAGUCUGCAACACCAUGUUGAUUGCUUCGUCGAGAUGGUGAAGAUGAUGGAGGAGGAGUACACUAUUGAAGUGGAGAAUAUGGCUGAAGAAGAAGGCGAGCCUAUUUCCUCAAGAAUUGAUAUUGGUGGAAUGAUCAAGUCAAAGAUGGUUGGAUUAUCUCAUGAAUUUGAAAAAGCCAGAGACUAUCUUCUUGAAGAAAAUAACAAGCUACCCUAUUCGAUUAUUGGGAUGGCGGGCGUUGGAAAGACAACUCUUGCUAAGAAAAUUUUUGAAGAUCCAUCAAUUCAGAGCCAUUUUGAGUUUCGAGCAUGGGUCAGAGUGGGCAGAAAAUGUGAAUCUGAUGAACUAUUACGAUGCGUUCUAGCUCAAGUGGAUCCCAACGCGUACCGAAUGCUUACCCAAGGAGAUGAGGAGGAGGAGGAAAUAGUUCGACUCUUGAAGGAAAGAUUAAAGGGUAAGAAAUGCCUCAUUGUGUUGGAUGAUAUAUGGGACAAAGAAGCAGAUCGCUUGACAAAUUGCUUGCUAGGAAAGAAUAUUGUUGGAAGGAUUCGAUUCUUACUUACAAGUAGACAACAAACAAUAUACACCGAGGAUGGGUACCAAAGAGUGCGCUUUUUGAACGAUGAAGAAAGUAAGAAACUACUCGGUGAGAAGGUGUUUGGUGAAGAGGAUUUCCCUAUUCAAUUGGAGGAACUGGGAGAGAUGAUUGCGUGGAAAUGUGAAGGUCUUCCUCUUAUGAUAAUCACAGUUGCAGAGCUCCUAUCAAAAGCCGACAAGACCCCAGAAUACUGGGCUGACGUACUCAAACAACGCAGUUCAGUCUUCAUGGAUGCAUAUAAUCAAAUAUCAAAGGUAUUUUUCCCAAGUUAUGACUACUUGCCCCAACAUUUAAAAAUGCUUUUUCUCUAUAUGGGAGCAUUCCGUCCAUAUAUUGAUAUGAUCCUUCCAUCCAUGCUCAACAAUCUGUUGAGUGCUGAGGGGUUUCUUGAACUGAUUGGAGAAGAAGGUUUUGGAGAUUUUUUCAAUAUAUGCUUGGAAAAGCUUUAUUUGCGGUAUCAUCUUGUUCUCAACACAACAAAUUCUUUGUUUGAGUUGAGAAGACAUAUGUACAUUAAAAAGCGUGGAUUUCAAUCAUAUAUGCCUGGGCAAAUUUGGGACAUGCAAGAACUAGAACAUAUUCAGAUUGGGGGUAGGGACCUACCAACCCCCCACAUUACUGAUGAUGCUACCUUGAACAAACUCGUUGCACUUAUUGGUGUGAGUGCAAACAGUUGUACAAGGGAAGUUCUCAAAAGAAUUCCUAAUUUAGCACAUUUAGGAAUUGAAGUGGAGUUGAAGCCUUAUGAUGAUGAUGAAACCAACCCAUUGAGUUGCUUGAGUUAUAUAUCACAACUCCAAAACUUGGUCUCACUUGCAUAUCGUAUCAGGAAUCCCGAGAUGAAGUAUAAGUUUAAUACUAUUCCUCUUUCAAUGUUCCCAUCAAGUCUCACAGUGUUAAUUUUGAGUGGGUUGGGGUAUCCUUGGAAGUACAUGAAUGACAUUGGUUCGUUGCUGCCAAAUCUAUUGACUCUCUGGAGACCUCAACGUGGAAGCUUCCCAGAUCUUGUAGUUCUAAUCAUGAAGGAUUGCUACAAAUUACAACAACUCGAUUGGCCGUAUGAUCAUUCUUGGAUCACACGUAUUGGAUUAGUUGAUUGCAGUCCUUUAGCUAUCGCUUGUGCCAACCAAUUAAAAGACAAUUUGAAACGUUGGAUGUUUGGCGGGAAAGCCACGUCAGACUCCCAUGAAGAAGAGGAAGAAGAAGAAGGGUAUCUGGAAGAGAGAGAUGGGAAUGGAGGGCUUAUGAUAAUGGUGAAGAUGAUGGAAUUUGAGUACUUCAUUGAGAUGUUGAAUAUGCCAGAGGAAGAAGGCGAGCCUAUUUCCUCAAGAAUUGAUUCUGGUGGAAUGAUCAAGUCUAAGAUGGUUGGAUUAUCUCAUGAAUUUGAAUAUGCCAGAGAUUAUCUUCCUGAAGAAAAUAACAAUGAGCCCUUUUCGAUUAUUGGGAUGGCGGGCGUUGGAAAGACGACUCUUGCUAAGCAUAUUUUUGAAGAUCCAUCAAUUCAGAGACAUUUUGAGGUUCGAGCAUGGGUCAGAGUGGGCAGGAAAUGCGAAUCUGAUGAAGUAUUACGAUGCAUUCUAGCUCAAGUGGAUCCCAACACUUACUAA